GGCAAUUAGCUUCCGUUUUCCAGUCUGGCGUACCUUCGACUAGAGAGAUGGGCGCACAGAGGAAAGGCAUUUCAGUAGGAGGUUCCUACAUCUGGAAUAAUGUCACCAUUGAAGAUGGAUGUGAGCUGAAGCAUGCAAGAGUCUGUGAUGGGGUUAUAAUUAAGUCAGGAGCAGUUCUGGAACCUGAUGUUGUUUCAUCUUUUAAGGUUGUGGUUGGACCAAAGUUUGUUGUUCCUGCAUAUUCAAAAGUUUCCUUGCUUCCACAACCGAGCAAGAUAGUGAUGAGGAAUUAGAAUAUGCUGACAAUAGUAGUGGAGCUGUGGAACUUUCAUGUAAGUUCUAGGGUAUAUCCUCCUUUUCAUUUUCGUGGCAUUUACACUCUUUACAUUCAUGAGAUGUAUCAACUUGUUC